AUGAAAGGCCAGGCACGGUUUGGCGUGAAAGGCAAAUUGGCACCAAGAUAUGUUAGACUUCAUGAAAUCCUUGAGAAGAGUAAUUCAGUGACGUAUCGGGUAGCUUUACCACCAGUCAUGGAACAUAUGCACAAUGUAUUUCAUAUCUCUAUGCUUCGGGAUUAUUUGAGAGAUCCACUACAUGUGAUUGAGCUGAGUCAUGUACUUCUAAAAGAUGAUUAUACAUACGAGGAGAGGCUAAUGCAAAUUGUGAAUCGCCGAGUCAAAAGAUUGAGAAAUAAGAAAAUUCCGUUAGUGAAGGUUGAUUAG